AUGAGUGCUGUUAAGGUGCCGCGUCGCCCACAACGAAGCAACACUGACAGCUCAUGGCGAGACAACGUCCCGCGUAAUAAAAGCUUCAACUCAGGACAGCGCGACUCUGAUCCUCCUUCAAAUCAAAUGCAAGUUCUACCUAGAGACUCACGCAUAAAGAAAGAGCUAUGUGCAGCCUGGCAGAAACACUAUCUAGACUGUGGGGCUCUAAACCACUUCCCGGGAUCGUACCUGUGCAGAGAGCCUGCAAAAUGCAAACCAGUGCAUGGAGAAGACGAAUUGUCUGAUGAUUCAGAUGGUUAUUUUCUUUAUGUGGAGUCUGCCAGCGCGAUUGACGCGGAGCAGUGCCAGUGCAAGAUAUUUGCUAAAAUGCGCCUGAGAGAAACAGAAGUUACAGUAUAA